AUGCUUAUUUUGACCUUUCUUGGAGGCCAGUUCUCGGUCCGCAGCGGCGGCCACAACCCGAACAUUGGCUUCUCCAGCAUUGGACAGGAGGGCAUGCUUAUCGACUUGGCUCGAUUGAACGAUGUGGCCCUCAGCCCAGACGGCACACUGGCUUCCAUCGGACCCGGAAAUCGGUGGGGUAGAGUGUACAAGACCCUUAGCUCGAGCGGCAAGAUGGCCGUUGGAGGUCGUGCGAAUGAUAUCGGUGUCGGUGGUUUACUUCUGGGCGGCGGUCUAAGCUAUUGGUCGAGCAUCUACGGAAUGGCCUUCACCAAGAUCGUCAACUAUGAGGCAUAUUCAUCCAUUGUGAAUGCGAACGAGACGGCCAACAAGGACUUGUGGUGGGCGUUGAGGGGCGGCGGCGCCAAUUUUGGUAUCGUGACGAGGUUCGAUGUUCAAACCGUUGAGAACGGCCAAAUCUGGUUCGAGGGUUUGUUUUUCAAGGUCUCUCAGCACGAGAGGCUUCUAACGGUAGCUGCCGACUUUGCUGCCGCAGCCGAGGACGACCCCAAUGUUUCGAUUACCUACAACCUCGGACCAGCCGGGGCUGCGGUAUAUCUUGCCUACAACAGUCCGAUCAACCGCCCAAAGAUAUAUGCGCCAUUUUACGACAUUCCCCAUCAAAAUAUAAUUAAAUCGACCCUAGGAACAUGGGUAGACUUCCACAACGCCGUGUCUGACUUGAAUCCCUUUAGCUCACUCAGGAUAGCAAUAACGACUUAUGAUCGAAAAUGGGACCAAAAAACGUUACUAGACCAUUAUGAACGCUUCCAAAAAGUCUCGCUGGACGUCCAAAACCGCCUCAACGCAAGCUUGUAUUUUGCCCCUCAGAUAUUCAGCAGAUCUGCCGUGGCAGCGACGUCGGCGCAAGGGGGAAGCCCCCUCAUGCUUUCGCAAGACACCCAUUGCUUUCUCGAGAUCAUGGCGACGUGGACGAACCCCGACUAUGACGAAGAAGCAACCCAAGCUCUGAUGCGCCUGGGGGAUGAAAUCACUGCGUCGGGACAGCGACUUGGUACCGAUCUCAACUUUCACUUCAUGAACGACGCCGGGCUCCAUCAGGACGUGCUGGGAUCUUACGGUACCCUAGACAAGAUGAGAUCCGUCAGCCAAGCUUACGAUCCCUACCAGGUUUUUCAGCACUUACAGGGCGGCGGGUUCCUGUUGAACAGAGCACCAUAA